AUGACAGAAGGCAAAACGAGACUCCACAUCGUUCCUCUUACUGCCGAACUUCUCCCAUCAGUUCUACCUCCUUCCCUCCGUCAAUCGGCCACCGACAUUUCGUUCCACACCAUUCCCACCUUCCCCGAGAACAAUUACGGCUACGUGACCUUGCCGACCAUGGACGCUGAGAAAAUUAAGAAGAAGCUUAAUGGCUCGAUUUUGAAAGGCAAGAAAUUUAAAAUUGACACUGCCCGUCCUUCGAAGAGGCAGAGAGACGAAGAGGAAGCUGUCGAAAGCCCUGUAAAGGAAAAGAAGAAGUCGAAGAAGCGCAAGUCAAAGGAUGUUGAGGAUGAGGUGAUCGACGGCUUCGAACUUCCCUCAGACCGCAAAGUCAAGCGUGGCUGGACCGAGCCUUCCAAGAAGGAAAAGCGCAGAUCGGAAAAGAAGAGCAAGGACGACAAGAAGGAAAAACCGCAACCCAAGUCCAAAUACACUGAAAAGUCCGAAUGUCUCUUCCGAACGAAUCUUCCACCCAAUCGGUUGUCUGUCGAAGCGGAUGACAAGAAGGCUAAGAAAAAGAAGAAGUCCUCUCGGGAAACGGUUAUCCACGAAUUCGCCAAAACUUACACCCAACCCAGCUUCCUGCGCUCGGCCGGGGAGGAUGUUGCGCCCACGACUACAUUUGACGAAGAAAAGGGCUGGGUGGAUUCCACAGGCGCAUUGAAGGAGUCUGCCAGCGAAAAGACUCGAAAGGAUAACUACCGACCUGGUCAAGUCCCCGGUACCAAAGAGAAGAAGCCGAAGAAGCCUGUUCUCAAGGAAAAGACCCCGGAGCCUUCAAGCGAAUCUGAGGAUUAUACCUCUUCGAGUGGCUCUGAUGAGAGCUCGGACUCCGAGGUUGAGGCCGACAGCUCCUCUGAUGAUUCAUCUGACUCCUCCGAUGAGGAAACAUCGAAGCAACCGCAGCCUUCCAAAGAGGCUGAUGAGCCUACCAAGGCUGAUGCGGCCAGCAGUGACAAUUCGGACUCGGAAGAGCCCGAAAAGACGUCCGAGGCUGCUCAAGAUGCAGACGAGUCUUCUCCAAAAGAGGUCCAUCCUCUGGAGGCACUGUUCAAGCGGCCCGCCCUCGCCUCGGCCGCCGAAGAACAGCCCGAUCCGGAGGCCAAUGCUGGUUUCAGCUUUUUCGGUGCCGAUGACAUUGAUUCAGAGGAUGCGCCCCGUGUUCCGGAGCCUCAGACCCCUUUCACACCCUUCACCAAGAGGGACUUGCAAGAUCGAGGCUUGCGAAGCGCAGCUCCCACUCCCGACACUAGCUUGGUCAACCGACGUUUGAACUGGAAUGAGGACGAUGAGGAGGACGACGAGGACUCAUCAAUUGAUACCCCAGUCUCGAAGACUCGUGGGAGUGAAGCUCCCAAGGACGAGACUGAGUUUGCUAAGUGGUUCUGGGAUAACCGGGGUGACAACAACCGUGCCUGGAAGAAGAGGCGGCGUGAUGCAGCCAAGGAGCAGAGACAGAGAGAGAACCGGAAGAAGGGAAUGAAGGGCAGGUCAUAA